GUAACACCGAAUACUGGCUCAAAUUUGGUAGUAUCACGCACAAAGCAUCCACGUGUCUAUCCCAUCUGUCGUAAAGUUUAACCACAUCGUUGCAGCGGAUGGAAAUAAAUAGCAAAUAGAUGAGAACUACUUCUCAGCUAUUUGCUAUUUAUUUUUAGUGUCCAUGAAUAUGGUACGCCUAUGACUGAUAUUUCUAACUUGGCUUCAUACUUCGUAAACUGCCGAAUCCGUGUUAGUAAAGAUGAAAUAACAAUAUUCUAAAAUAACUAGAUCUAAGCAAAGGACCGGGUCCAGAUGGUAUUCUGUCUCACUUUGUCAAAAGUAGACACGAUGUGCGAACUACACACUUAUGUAUCAUGUUUGACAAAUCGCUCUCUACUGGAACCUUUCCCAAGGCAUGGAAAGGUGCUCACAUUAUACCUAUACAUGAAUCGGGGGAAAAGUCUGAUGGGUCUAACUACAGACAAAUAUGCAUACCGAGCUGCUUUGCUAAAACUUUUGAACGCGCUGUAUAUAUUUUUUGUUUUUAAGUUAGUGAUAAUUUCUUAUCAACAUGGGUUCAUGGCACACAAAUCAACAACUAACUUGACGGAAUACUCCAAUUACUUAUCAGAUACAAUCGAUGAUAGAGGUCAGAUCGACAUUAUUUACACUGAUUUUCAAAAGGCGUUUGUUAAAGCUCAUCAUUACCUUCUAUUGACAAAUAUAAGAAUGUGUACAUUCAACAAGGCAACCUGCACAGAUGUAUAAACUCUUAUAUAAACAAUCGCACCGAAAUUGUCGCCAUUAGAGGUUAUUUUUCGGCAGCUAUGUCGGUUCCGUCUGGGGUCCCUCAUGGAUCUCAUUUUUAACCUAUACUUUUUAACAUUUUUAUUAGUGACAUACAACAAUGUUUUGAAAAUGGCACCAGCCUUGCGAUUCUGUAACUCACUUUUCGAACUCACACAUCGGUUUUCGCAUCGGUGGUCGCUCUCAAAUCAGUCGUGAAGCAGUCAUUUUAUGAUUUGGCAUUCUGAUAAACAAUAAACUACAAGCUCCCACCUUAGCGAUGGGGUCUUUUGUACCUAGGUAUUUAAUUAUAAAUAUGCCGUGAAUUUUGAAUCAUUUACAAACCAAAUCAAAUACGAUUACGUAAUUGUAUAUAGUGUUAGUAUAUGACUACGAUUUUCAUUCACUUGAUUCAUAAUAAAUUUAAAAAUUUAAUUAAAAUAAAUAUCUUAUUUUUGCGUAGUAAAUUGGUGAAUACAUAAGAUACGAUACGAUAUAGUUUUAAGAAAGGGCAUUAUACUUUUUAUGGAUUCGUUUCAACUUCAACACUAUGACAUUGUAUAAUCUAUGCACAUGUUCUUAUAAUAAUGAUUCUAUGGUGAUAAAGACAUAUCUUUGACAGCUUGUAGCACAUGAAAGUUGUCAUUGUUGAGUGUCACUUUUGAGGUUUUGUUUCAUUUCUCAAAGCUGUUCAUUUUACGAACCAUUCAUACCUUUUAUUUAGUAUUUACACAUUCAUAAUAUUAUUCUUUCAUACAACAUAAUCGUAGCUUUUUAAAGUUAUGUAAAUUUAUAUGCAUGAAAUGAACGAGAUUUAUAGAUUUUGAAAAAUGUGUAAUUUUACAUCUAUAAAGUUCUAGUUUGAACAUCGAAUAAUUUUACAAAUGCUCUGUUGUAAUAGAUAAUGGAUCCAAGAAUGUGCAGAAAAAUCAGUAGCAGUGAAAGUCUUGCAGAUGUUGACAAUGAGGAAUUUGAAGUAUCGAAUAUCAUCGCACCGCAAGAAAGCGAGGAUAAUUUUCUUUUGGAGGGCAGCCCAGAACCACAAACCGUGACCUGGCUUGACGACGAUCAAAUUGAUGAUCUUAAUUUAGACCAAACUAACCUAUUUUUUCACAGAGUUGAUAGUGCUGAUAUAAUUUAUAGAAGCAAGAAAAAAAAGUGUAAAUUGGUAGGCAAAUAUGUAAUGGGCGAUAUAUUAGGGGAAGGUUCCUAUGGAAAAGUUAAAGAAAUGUUAGAUUCUGAAACUUUGUGUAGGCGUGCUGUUAAGAUAUUAAAAAAACGAAAGUUGCGGAGGAUCCCCAAUGGUGAACAAAAUGUUCAAAGAGAGAUUCAAUUGUUGCAAAUACUUAGGCAUAAAAAUGUGAUAGAACUAGUUGAUGUAAUGUACAAUGAUGAAAAGCAGAAGAUGUAUCUAGUUAUGGAGUUUUGUGUUGGUGUUCUUCAAGAUAUGUUAGAAUCAAGUCCUGGAAAAAAGUUUCCUCAGCAUCAAGCACAUGAAUAUUUUACUCAGCUCCUUGAUGGCUUAGAAUAUUUACAUGGUCAAGGUGUGGUGCAUAAGGACAUUAAGCCAGGAAAUCUGCUUUUGACACUGGACCAAACAUUAAAGAUAACUGAUUUUGGAGUUGCUGAGGCUUUGGAUAUGUUCUCACCGCAAGACACAUGCUAUACAGGACAAGGUUCACCAGCCUUUCAACCUCCAGAAAUUGCAAAUGGUGCCGAGACCUUUUCAGGCACCAAAGUAGAUAUAUGGAGUAGUGGUGUCACAUUGACGGUACCCGUUCGAGGGCGACAACGUGUAUCGGUUGCUGGAGGCCAUCGGGAGGGCCGAACCGGUGCCUCCGCCCGCGUGCGUCGGGAGCUCCCUCUCCGCCCUCUUGGGGCACAUGCUCAAGAGGGACCCGGACCUGAGGCCCACCGUGCAGCAGAUCAGGCGGCACGACUGGGUGCGGUCGAUCCCGCCCCUCGGGCCGGGCGAGAGGAUCGUGCAGCCUCGGUCCCGCAAGUCGGACGAGCUGCACAGCUCCACCGUCGUCCCGUACCUCGUCGAGAGGCAUUACGUGUCCGCGCAGGAGUACUUCACCGAGAGAGACCUGAAACACGACUUGGGCGGCGGUUCCGGGAGCCUCUCGACGGCGGAGCUGUCGGAGGGCGAGUCGGCGCAGGGCAAGGGGCGCUGGCACUCGUCGUGCGGCCGCCUGCCCUCGUGUCGCCUCACGUGAUGGUCCUCCGAUGCGCGUCGGGUUCUCGUGUUUUCUUAGCGAUCACUAAAUUAUUGUUUGACGACACUUAUCCGGCCAGUGUUGUGAACGUUUUUGGAGAUAGUUUUUCUCGAACGUCCGGUGCGAGCGUCGAGUACCUUCGGGAACCUGAAGAUUUCAUUUAAAGAUUAAAUAUCCUAAUGUCCGCGUAUUGUAAAAAGGUUGGAAUCGUAUCGCCCCUGAAAUUGAUUAAUUUGUGCAUUCACUUUUGAAUAUCAUCGAAAUCUCCGACCGAAGGAAGAACGAGCCCGUUUAAAUUUGUCGCCAGAUCGUUGAAGAGAAGUCCCACCGAUCAUUCAUAUUUUUGUAAAUAGUUCAAUUUAGAAAAACAAAAAUCAGUUCGGGCAGAAUCUCAACGUUGGGGCCGUGGAUAUUGUAUGACGAUCUGUACACGAUCUACUUAUCGCUACUUAUAAUAAAUUAGACGAUAAUAAAGUAAUGCAUAGUUUAAUCGAUCGACCAAUGUUAUUGUGAUCGGCCGAUUUCAAUAACUGUUCUAUUUCUGAUUAAAUGUUUUGUUAAUUAAAAUAUUGUUAUUGAAAUUGGCCGAAAGUAGUGAAAUGCGACUUCCACAAAAUUUCCGCUUUGCAUUAAUUGUACAUCUUUAGAUUCUUUAAAUUACGCGUUUCGACCUCAAUCUAAAAAUAUGUCACGGUUUAAAUAAUUGUUGUUUUCUUUGUAUUAAAUGUUAUUUGUAUAUUUCUAGAAUUGUAAAGUACAAGUUUGCAAAGACUCCGCUUAACGCAGUCGUCUCAUUAAAAAUAUCUUAAUUCAGAAAAGUUAAUAAUGUUAAGAUAUUUACAUAUUGAUAUCGAAAUUUCAACUCUUAAUCGAGAAUAUUUUCAAAACAUAAGGCUAAUCGGUGAGCCUUCUAAGAUUGGGGACACUGAAUUUCAUACAAUAAGUAUAUUUAUUAUAUUUGAGACAUCGAACUAAUAAAUCGUGUGUUUACGAAAAUAGAUUCAAUACUUUUGUUUAAGAGACUCCCAUUUCAUAUCACUUUGCAUGUACUCGGACCUCACUUUUAUAUAUAUUUUUAUAUCGCCUUUGUAUGAUUUUGCCCGGUCGGCAAUUUUGUUUGCCGAAUGUGGCCUUUCGCUCGUAUGAACGGAGCACUGAUUGUCCGAAUAUAUUGUGCAAUAAAUUGAUAUUUUAUGUUAAGGUUUUACUACAUAAUACAAAUAUCGCAGUCCUGUCCGCCUCUUAUUGAAUGAAAAAGUGAAGGCGUUUGGUUUAUGAAGCCACCUAUUUUGGAAUUCUUUUUUACCUCCGUUAACGAAUAAACUAUUAGAUUUGAUUCUUAAAAUAUACAGUUAAUAGUGGGACGAGGAAGAAAUCGCCGUUUUUAAAACGUGCGUCAUUCGGCAAUUACUUUUGAGAUUAUUGCGCAGAUCUCCUUUCGCCAAAGGCGUAGUGAAACUCGUAGUUCUUAGAUAGUCGUAGUGAACGAUGAAAAGUGAGGUCCCGCGUUCCCUACGUUAUUCUGUAAUGCUUCUAACUGACGUGUGCCUGAACUGAUGUUGAGCAAUAUUUAACAGAUUAAAAGAGAAUAUUAAUAUAUUGUAAAUAAAAUAUCUAAAUAACA